ACCGGCUUCAGCGGUGUCUAGCACAGCCCGAGUUUUCUUCAUUUUCAAUUACAGUUACAGUUCGCUUUCAGUCACGAUCGGCUGCUUUGGCUGCUGCAAGACUUUGGCAGAAUUUUCAAGCCGGUACUCCUUUACCCGAGACAUGUAUACGAAGUUGAUAGUCGAAUUAAAGGAAAGUGGUUUUGUUAACAACGUUUUCGCCGUAUCUUCUGAUAUUUUCUCCGUGCUGUUAAAUAUACCGUGCGUUAGAAAAAAACUUCAGAACAGUUAAAUUGAUUGUCUUUGACUUUUAGUGGUUUAUUUUCGGUUGACAUAACUCAGAGCUUUAAAGCUUGAUUGCGGAGAGCCUGACCUCAGCCAGGACCGAUUGUGAUAUUAGAAUUAAGUACGAGCAAUAGGAGGAAAUCGGAAGCGUUCCGAAUCGAACGAUGCCUGUUAAGACGGAACCAUCGAUGAGUUUGAUAGACUAUCUGAGCAACGAGAUGUUGUCCUGGUGCGGCAACGAUUUCAUGUUGCCCGACGACAUAUGGAAGAAAUUCGAAUUGGACUUUCCCGAAUUGGUCGGCUUCGAGGAGAUCCUGCGCGACAGCGCGCUGCAGGAGAACUGCGCCAACUUCUUCAAGGGCAUCCACCAGCAGAGGGUGUGCGAAAUUCGCAACCACGAUUGCAUGUGGGCCGGCCACUGCGCCAGCAAGGAGCACCCCGCCGACGAGCCGCGGCCGUGCAUGGUGCCGGUGCCGCCGGCGCCCAUCGUCGCCGCCGCGCCCGCCGCCGAAGUCAAGCAGGAAUGCGUCGCCGCCGGCGCGACGGCCACCGGCCAGCAGAGCCUCCUGAAGCCCGCCUUUCGAUCGGCGCCGGCGGCCCAGCCGGCGCCGCCGACGCCCCAUACGCCGCCGAUGUCCGACGACGAGGAGGCGAAAACGAAGACCGUCAAUCUGAUGAAGAUAUUCCAGAGCAGCAUCGAGGAGUACGACAUUGAGGAGGACAGCGAUCUGUACGAGUAUUUCGAGGAGAAGGACAUCAAGGAAUUCGAAAUGGCCGAAGCGUCCGAGCCGGUCGUCGAGGAAGAAAAACCCAACGUGAACAAAGUAUAUCAAUUCGCGGCGGAAAGCGAUCACAGUUACCACAAAGGUACCAACGCGCAGAUGCCCAUCUUCGGCAUCGAGACUCCUUCGGAUUCCGAAGAAGAAAUCGACGUGGUGAACGUGAACGAGAAGUACCACUUCUGCAACAAAAACGUGUUCUCGUUCCCCAACAAUCCAUCGAACAGGGACCGCCAGCAGAUCCAGAGGCGGAUGGCCACGGCCAUAUCUCGAAAGAAGAUGGUGCCGCGCAUGAAACCGGCCGCCGCGGCCAGGAAGAUCGUCCAGGAACCCACCACGGCGGCGGCGGCGGCGAAGAAGUCGCCGACGGAGUCGCGCGGCCUCAAGCGCAGACAGUACAAAGCGUCGCUGCAGGCGCCCUACAAGCGUCGGCACUACGGCAACAGCAGCGACAGCGAGCCCGAGCCGUCCGAGAAGCGCAGCCUGCACAACAACAUGGAGCGCCAGCGGCGGAUCGAUCUGCGCAACGCCUUCGAGGACCUGCGGGUCCUGGUGCCGGAGGUGAGCAAGAAAGACAGGGCCGCCAAGGUGGUGAUCCUGCGCGAGGCGUCGCAGUACUGCGAGUACCUCACGCAGACGUCCGUCAACUACACGGCGCACCUCAAGGAGCUGAAGAAGCAGCAGGAGUUUCUGAGGCGGCGGGUGUCGCAGUUGAGGAGGAAUUUAGCGGCGAACCGUUAAGUAUGUAGUAAUGUUUAUUUAAAUUUUCAGUAGUAGUAUUUUUUUUUUCAAAUAUCGCCGAGUCGUAAAAGAAUGGAAUUUGGCUUGGUUUUUUUUUCUUCGAGUUCGUUUUAUAUCGAUUCCGCGUGAUUAUUUUUUAAAACUUAUACUUUUUUUUACAAAAUAUGACUCAGGGAUAAUCAAUAAAUAGUAAUUUUACGUAUAGGUUACGAUUUAAAUAAACACCGUAUGUGAAGUUAGGAAAUUAGGAGGUAGCCAAUUAAAACAUCUAGAAUAGUAAAUAAUGUAAAUCUAUAAAGAACUUAGCCUAUGGUUUUGCGAUUUUCUAUUUAGGAUCUUAUAGGAUUGUCGCAGAAUCAAACCUUAAAUGUAAUAUAGGUAUUUUAAUUAAAUGGCUUUAGAAAUCAGCGGUAAGACGCUACGUUAAUAUUAAGAAAUAACGUAUAUAAAUUAUAAUAACGUAACAUUUUGGUCAAAAAAUUUCUCCUAGCCGAAUCGGUAAGUAAGCGUUUAAACAAUUCCUUUAUGUUACAUUGCGUUGUUUUUUUUUUGAUUUUCGAAGAAUUCUAUCAGGUAAAAUCAACUGCCAUUUUUUAAGAAAACCAUUACCGUGGAAUCCCUAUAAAUCCUGCGAAAAAUUUCAUUCUUUUAUGCAAUUCUGUAAAUAUGAGAUUUAUAAAAACAUCCAUAGCUGAAUUUUUAAACCGUUAAUGCAACUGUGAUUCCAUUAUCAUCUUAAGAAUUAGAAUAGUAGUUCAUUUUAUUUGUUAUUGUUUUGUAAGAAUUCAACUUGUUUUUUUUUUAGUUAAGACACGUUCAAAUACUUAUAAUGUUUUAAUUUUUAUUUGGUGAUAAAAUUUAUUGUGAUAACCACUAAUGCUUUUCCUCCUUUUAAGUUUAAAAUAAUCGAAGUAAUUUUCUUUUUAGAAAUUUUGAAUAGUUUUAAUUUUUCCUUUUUUUUACUUGCAAAAUAAAACAUUACAAAGUAUUUGAGAAGCAAUAAUAGGUUCAUUUUAAGUAUAAUUGUUUUAGGUGUUUUUUUUUGUAUAUGUUUUGUUGAAAUAGGUUUAAUUUUAACGUGUAAAUUAAUAAUUUUUUGUCAGAGUUUUAUCUGACUUUUCUUUAUAAAGGGCGAAAAUGAAUUGCAAAUUAAUUUACUUUAAUUUGAAGGGAUUUACAGGGUAAUCCAUGAAAGAUUGACGACGGGAGAAUGCGUUUAAAAUAAACUAACGUUACUUUCUCAAAUAUUUUUCAGAUUACCUGAAAAAGACAUAAAAUUUCAAGAUUAAAUAGAUUCGUAAAUUAGCAAGCGCACGUAAAAAAAACUAAAAUUUUAACCUUCGCAUAUUAAUAGCUAAGAAUAUAUUUGAAUAAAAAAAAUAUUAGGAUUAGGGAACUAAUAUUAACAUUAAUAUGCCAUUUUUUCGGUCAAUAUAUCCUUUGAUGAUCGUCUGGUAAUUUUGGAAAUAUUUGCAGGAAGUCCGUCUUCUAUUCUUAAAAUAAUACAUUUGUCAACGCGAAUAACAUGGAUUACAAUGUAUACGUAGGAAUAAUUGUUGGAACUUCAGAUGUAAAAAAAAUGUCGAACGGAAAUUUCAAGUCCACACAUUUAAAACUUGGUUUAAAUUUGCAUAAAAUUGUAUUAUGUAAUCACACCGUGGCACGAGUUGUAUAUUAAGAAUUUUUGGUUCUAAAUCAUUCAUUCUUUUCACUUCAGUAAUUUUACCAAAUUUUUGAAGUGCUCUUGAAUAAAAUCAUUUUAUCUGUAAAUUGUAGGAAUUACAGAUUAUUACGAAUAAUAUAAUCCUAAUCGAUUUAUUUUAACAUGUUUUAAUGUAUAAAAAUUAUAUUAUUCGAAUGAAAUGAAUAUUUACGCUUUUUAAUAAUAAUAAUAAUUGUGUUAUGUAAAUUUGUAUGAUAAUAAGCGAAGGUGUAAAAAUAUUUUUCACAUUUUACUUUUUUUUUAAUAUUUUAAGUGCUUACUUUAUAUUGUUAGUUAUUUUUUAUAUUUAUAAUGUUAACUAAUUUUGGUGUGUUUUUGUUCUUGAGGCGUUUUGUUAAAAAUUUUGUAUCGUUUUAUUUGUAACGUUUGUUCAUGUUUGCCAUUUUGAGUGGAAGUAUUGGACUCUUAAUAACUAAAAAAAGCAAUGUAAUGGUAUCUCAUCCUAGUUCGGUAAUCGCUCAUAUAAUUAGAAAUAAACAUCUGCAAAUAGAUGAACAUAAAACGAUAUCCCUUUGAUAAGAUAUUUGAUACAGCCGAUGAUUUUACAUAGAUAACUUACUAGUACUCAUAUAAAAUUUUUCUACAGUACAAGCAGCUGGUGGGUAGUUUUUAAAAUCAGAUAUCGAUCUCGAUUUUGUGGAUAUUAAUUUCGGAUAAAAGGGAUCGAAAAAGGCCGAGAGCCAUUACAUUGAAUGAAGCGAAUAUGUUAUGAAUGCUCCUUUCUAAUAAUACGGAAUUUGUGUGUUUACGUCUUAAGAUAAAAGUUCAGAAACAUCAAUUAAUUGUUAAGCAGAAAAUUUCCAAUGUGUAUUGCAUAGAAAGUUUUGAAGUGUAUCCAAUUUGUAAUGUCGAUUUACAUCCUUAAUGUUUGCAUUGAAAAACAAUCGUUAUUUGGAGUGCCAAAUAUACUACACUAUUUUCGUUGAUUCAAAAUGCUCAAUGUGUUGAUAUGUUUUGUUAUUGUAGUGGUGUUUUCUUUAAUUAAUUUUAAUACUUACUAUACGGUUUUUCUUUUUCUUUGAAAAUAUGUAUAAAAUUCGUCUUCCUCUGCAUAGACUAUGUUAUGAAUAAAAUGCGGGUAAAAACUGAAAACCGGAGAGAUGAUUUGCGAAGUGCCCGAGCGCACACCAAUUGAACUAUUUAGUUUGUACCGAUUUCGGCAUUUUCCCGUAAAAUCAAUACUAUUUAACUGUAAAAGUCGUGAGAUAAAGAGAAUUGUUGUGUUCAUAAUAUUCUACAGUAUUUUAUACUUUUGAUAAAAAAUAUUUUAAAAAACAUAAAAAUAAUAAAAAAAAUAAAAAACAAAAAAAUAUAUCAGUAAACUGUCGAUAAAAAUGGCCUACAAAUAUUCUGAAUCUUGCAUGAUGUAUUUAUAUAUUAAUUUUUAUAUAUUAUCUAUUUUUUUUCAAGCAUUCGUAAUUUUUCUAAGUGGAAUUUAAACGUUUAGCGUUUAAAUCUCGCUAUUAUUAAGUAAAUUGCAGAUGCCAAUAUUUUUCAUCAAUUCAAUCAAUAAAAUCGUCAUGAAGAUAUAACAUUAAUUUACAUCAUGCAAGAAUAAGAACAUAAAUAUACGCUGAUAAAACGUACCUGUGAUGAAACCUCGCUGUUGACCAAAUAUGUAUAUUAGAAAAUAGUAUGAAUAAAUGCUAACUACUUAUUAUGCACAUUAUUUGACAAAUCUUUUAGUAGUAAAUAUAUAACAGGGCAAUUCUCUACGCUUAGCGACCACCAGCGACGCCAUUGCAAAAUGGCUUUGCUAAAAAGCAUAAUGUCUUAUAUAUUACAUAAUAAUAUAUAAUUUAAUCUAUAACAUGAGCCCUAAGGAUGUAUGGCAUGAUUUUUAGCAUAGGCGUAAUUUUAUGAAUAUAUACCUAUCUAUAUUGAGUUUUAAAUAAUAAUAGUAAUGCCAUAAUCCUAACAAUCGUUAGUACUUAUUUAAUUUGUUAAUAUCUAAUUUUUAACAUUUUUUUUUGGUAACUUUAUUCAGAAUUUGAUUGUGGUAUUAGUUUUCCGUAAGUUUUACAAAAUAAAAUGUUGGCUUUAAAUAUUUGUGUUGUUAUUUAUUCACCAGAUUGAGCAUCUUUUUUUCUCUUCGCAGCCAUCUCCCUUUUAUGCCUAUUGGAAUUAAUAUGCGUAGUCCAUUGGAAGUCUCCAAUGAACACCCUAUUACAUAUAUCGCAAUGAUUCGUUGUACUAUCUAUAUUUGGCGCUGAAUUGGUAAUUUGUUUUGGCAACGGAUUGUGAGGGCACUUGGAAUUUGAUAUGAAACUAUUCACAAUUUCUUCCGCUAUUCUACUUACAUUCUGGUCCCAUUUAGAAACGUCCGAUGUAUC